UUGGGAUCGACGUACGUUAGGCCUCAAUAACUAGUAAUUAAACUAGGCUAUGGCUGUUGUUGAAUUACGUCGUGGUACCCUUGGAAUUACGUCACUCCGUCUUGUGUUAGUUUCGUUUUUUGUCGUCUUCCUGGCACGAGCAGAUGAACAUGAAUUUCUUCGAGGAUUGGAUUUAGAAGAAGAGGAAGAAGAAGAAAUUGAUGAAAGAUUGAGAGAUUUUUCUCCAUCGACACAACAUGUUGAACUUCAAUGUUAUACAAGCAGCAUGUGCGUCGCACUUGCAAAAUCUUGGUUGAAUAAAAACUGGGGAGUGAAAGGGAAAGAACAACUCACUCUUCUACAAAGAUGUGAUGGGUCAGUGGAAGAGAAUAAAACUCAUAUUAUUUUAUGUACUCAGAAGGGAAGAUUAACUUCGUGUGGGACUAAAUUCACACAGAAUGAUACACAUGCUACUUUUUCCAACAACGUUCAUAUAUUGCGCCCUCCAUCACCAACCGACGGUUUAGUGCCAAUUGUUAGAGCAACUAUACCAUGGACUUGCACCUAUCCAAUGAAACUGUUAGUUGGAGUGAAUUUUGUUCCACAAAUAAGUCCAGUUACUGUGUUUCUUGGCAACAAAACGGGAUAUGGCGUAUUCGAAGCAGCUAUGUUCUUAUAUCGAGAUCAAGAUUACAAGAAACUAUACGAUACAACGCCAAAACUUCAUAUAACAGACAAACUACGGGUCAAAGUUCAACUACUGCGAGGUCCUACCAACAGUCGAAUGCAAAUAUAUAAAUGCUGGGGAACGGCGGUUGAAUUUCCGAGAGAUGAAGAUUUGACAUUUACUCUUAUUGACGAAUUUUGUCCGUCAGAAGAAGGGGUUCGAGCUGAAGUUAAAUUACAAAAUAACGGCGAUCAGCAGCAUGUGUUAUGGGAAUCUAAUGUUUUUCGUUUCUUAGUUGGUCCUGAAGUUUUCAUUCACUGUCAUGUUAAAGUAUGCUUCGCUGAAGAGGAUUGUGAAAAGACAUGCCCCGAUUCGAACAAUCAGCGAGAACGCAGAGAAGUGGAAUCUCCGGGAAGUGGACUAUUAUCCUUGGGUCCAAUUAAUAUAGGGAGGGAUGUUCCUGAAAUCCCAUCAAGUCUUGCUGAAGUAGAAGUAACAUCGGAAUCGCCAAACGAUGUCAGCGAAUCGAAGAUUUUGGGGCUAUCGAGAAUUGCAGUGUUUGCUGUUGUUGGUGGAUUAUCAGCAAUUUGCUUUAUUUCAAUUAUUGCUGUUGCAAUAGCAGUUUAUAGAAAAACGAGGAAAAGAGAGGAAGAAAAAACGUCACAGUACUGGAAAGACCAGGCCGCAGCCAGAUGUCGAUUAUCAGCAAGAUUCACUCUUAGUAAUACCCCUCCCUUUGAGAUACCCAUAUCUGUUCCAAACACAAUUGCGGCUCCGGAUAGAAGGGGAAGUAACACAUCGCAAUAAAAUGUGAGCCUAGUUUGGAAACUGCUUCAAUGUCUGAUAAAUUAUUCGUUCCAUCUCUGAUUUCUACAUUUUUUUGUAUUCAUUGUGGAACUCGCGCUUUUUGAAAAAAGCCCAAAAAUACAGAAUCCGGAUGAAUCAAUAUUGCGAUGGUAAUGGCGUUGGUCGAAUAUGGAAGACGCUAGUAAACACGAGGUCUGAAUAAACUUCCUGACUCCAUCAAUAAUUUUGAAUGUAUGAUAUUCACUGUGUUUUUAUUUGCAAACUCAUGCUUCCACGAUUUUAGUUGAUAACAAACUAACAAACAGAUUAUUGCAUAUUUCGAAUCGACCUGUUAUACAUAUUUUUCACCUCACUAAAAAUCACACUUAAUCAAGUUUCUUUGAUGUAUACUUAUAUUUGCCAAAUUCCAGGUUUAAUUUUAUUUCCAAUAAGAGCAUUGAAUCGUAGCAUGGUGACUCUCUUGAUUAGUGAUAGUAUUUCACAAUAUAUUCUUGACUAAUCAACCUUGUAAUACAUAUACAUGUUGAAACUCCCAAAUCAUACUUUAUUGUACCUAAUGCUUUGUUUUGCCAAAUUUCAAUUUUAACGUAGGAGAAUUUCAGUGAUAGUUGAAUACUUCUUAUUUCCUGAGGAUUUCUUUUAUUAAACUUUUUUAUCAUUAUUUUAUUUAAAUAUAGUAUGAUUUGAAAAGA